AACAGGUAGUGGAAGUCAAAAUACCACUAGUGCAUCAAGUAAUAGAAAUAACAUAAAAAAGUUUCCCCCAUUGAUAAUGCACGGUAAUGUUCAGGAUCAUAAGAAAUUCAUAUCAUUAAUUAAAGCCAUUGUGAAAGAAAAGUUUCAUAUUAAAUAUAGUGAAGGCAGUGUCAGUGUUCAUCUCCAGACACUGCUAGAUUAUGAAAAUUUAAAAAGCAUAUGGAAGGAAAGGGGAAUAAAUUUCCAUACCUAUACAAGGAAGGACGAGAAGAAAAGGGUCUACGUGCUAAAUGGUUUACAUAAUGAAGUAACAACAGAAGACGUACAAGAUGAGCUCAAAGAAGCAGAUGCCAAGAGUGGGGACAUUCUGCAACAAACUGUUAUGCUGAACCAGCCUGCCUGAAAUGCGCUGGUAAACACCACACCAAGGACUGCACAAAGCCCAGAACUGAACCAGCCAAAUGUGUAAACUGCGGGGAAGGACAUCCAGCAAAUGCGACCACUUGUGUAGCGUAUA